UGCCCCAUGGCUCCAGAGAGAGGGUCGUAGCCAUGGUGCAUGAGUCCGAAGAUGGACCUGAGAGAUUUGGACCGGGGAUCCCAGCCCUCCCAGAGCCCGAAGACCAGGCCGGGGACAUGGUCGAAGAGACUGCGGCUGGGGAGAUGGCAGAGGAGGCACAGGAGGAGCCCGCGCAGGAGGCCGAAGCCCCCCGGGAAACAACUGAAGAAGAGGCCCAGGGUGCUGAAAGUAAGGAAGACAAAGAGGAGUUGAACGAAAAACAGGAAGGACCUGAAAAGGUUGUGGAUCCUGCAGAGAGCAGGUCCAGAAAAUCCAGUUUGGAGAACUAGAAAGAAGAUAAAGAAGAAAGAAUUUAUUGUUCCCUCUUUUUAAGUUUUUAAUUUUCAUAAAUCCAUGUUAAUUGCAUGAAACAGUGAUAUCAUUCCAAAGUUCAUCACCCAAAAAGUGCUAUCCAAUGAUAUCUAACUUGCAUUUCUUAUACCUAUAUUUGACAGCAUUUUUAGUUAAAAAUAAGUUUGUUUCAAUUAAUAAACUGAAAUGCAGGCAGAGUUUAUUUAGAUAAAUAAUCCCGACUCAUAUCUCUCUUACCUCUUUGUUUCGAAAGAUAUCACUUUCCACAUUUUGUAAGCCUGUUUUAAAUUAUUUUAUGGCAGCCCAAAAUAAAUUAAAAUGUCAAGUUGAAAAUUUUUGAAAGAGGGAGAUGAUGUCAAGCCUUUAGAGCUGUUCUGUCUGAUUUGAGAUGUGCUUAACUA